UUCAAUUGGGCGAAUUUUGGCAGUUUGCCAAAAUGGUUCCUUUAGACACAGCUCCCUCAUUAUUCUACAUAUCUUUUUAUGCUGUCUUUUUCUUUUUUCCUCUUCUUUUGUCCACUCAUCUGGUCAAUGGCGCUUGGGUUUUCAUCGUUUCUUCCCUCGUGUUUAGUCCCUUCUGGCGCCGUCUAGUGGACUUUAGACGGUCUUUACCACUUACAUUGUUCACCAACGAUUCACUCAUACAAGUGCUAUGUUUUCUGUUGUUCUAGAAGAAAUUUUUUAAAAUUUAUAUUUUUGACCGGUUUCCCUCCCAGCUCUUAUUUUAUGAGAAAUUUUCAUUUUUUGCGCUUGGCUUGGAUUUUAAAAUUUUUUUUGGGGUACAUCUCCCGUUCAUCGUUUUCUUUUCACUUACUUCAGAUUAACUG